AUGCUGAGAUCAACUUACGCUCCACCCCCGCCUCUUCCUCCGGGAUGGUCGGAACACCGAGCGCCUUCAGGCCAUCUGUAUUAUUAUAAUGCGUCAACCAAGCAAUCCACAUACAAGAGGCCAGAAGCCGAAGGCCAGAAAGCUGCUCAGACGGGUGCUUCUCCGAUGCCACCCGUAGGACCGUCGCAGACACUGCCAUUCUAUUCACCCGAAAGUUUGCCGCCCUUCUCAUCAACGCCUUACGGGCCCGCUGGCUUUGGCCCAGGCGGUGCACAAUAUCCCCAACCCCAACAUCGGCACGAACAAGGCCGGGGUGGGUUUCGCGGGGGCAGGGGAUAUCAUGAUCGAGCGCAGCGGGAGCCACGAGACAGACCGAAGUCCAAACAUCCGAUCCCCGACUGCGCACCCUGGCUCCUUGUGAAAACAAAACUAGGCAGGCGAUUUGUGCACAACCCAGACACCAAUGAGAGCUUCUGGAAAUUUCCACAGGAGGUGUUGAAAGGGGUGGUAGAAUACGAUCGUGUUGAGCGCGAGAAGCAAGAGAAAAUAGAACGAGGCGAGACCACGGAACAGCCCAAAGAAGUGAAACAAAACGCCGCUGAAGCAUCGCAGCCCCCGAAAACGUCAGAUAUAAGACAUGAAGACGAGACACGUGAAGAUUCCCAUUUUCAAGCGGACAGUGAUGAUUACGAAGAGGUGGAAGUUACCGAUGACGAGGACGAGGACGGGCAGCAUGGCCAAAUAUCCAAACGCCCCAGAACUGAGAGUCCUGACAGAAAGGACCAGCCAUUGGAAUUCACGGAGGAGGACAUGGAGUACCAACUGGCAGCAAUGGGAGAGGAGUAUGGCCUCGAACCUGGCGAAUACGGCGAGCCAGGCGAUGAUUGGGAAGAAGGGGCCGAGGGUCUACCGCUGACGGACGCAGACGCGGAGGCCUUGUUUCGCGAUCUUCUCGAUGACUACCGUGUCAACCCUUUUUCGACAUGGGAAAACAUUCUCGAGGAAGGCCGCAUCAUCGAUGACUCAAGGUACACUGCUCCAUCGAAUAUGAAAACUCGCCGCGAGAUCUUUUCUAGGUGGAGUAAAGACCGCAUCAAAGAUGUGCAGGCUCAGAAAGAGCAACAGGAGAAAAAGGAUCCACGUAUCAAGUAUCUGGCUUUCCUUGAGGAAUACGCGACACCAAAGCUCUACUGGCCCGAAUUCAAGCGCAAAUAUAGGAAGGAAGCGGAAAUGAGGGACUCGCAACUCCCUGACAAGGAUCGGGAAAAGCUGUAUCGGGACUAUAUCUCGAAAUUGAAACUCCCCGAAAGCACUCGUAAGGCCGAUUUGUCCACACUUCUCAAAUCCAUGCCACUACAUGCGCUCAACAAAUUCUCCAACCCUGAGACUCUUCCUCCGGCGAUCAUUACCGAUAUUCGAUAUAUUGCUGUCCCUCGAAAAGUCCGCACACCGCUGAUCGAGGCAUUCAUCUCCACAUUGCCGCCCCCGCCAGAUCAACAGAUGACUGCGGAACAACAAGAAGAGCACGAUCGAAAACAAAGAGAACGAGAAAAACGAGAGAGAGCUCUCGUGGAACGAGAAAAGCGUGUUGAACAGGAUAAAAGGAGACAGCGUGGCGAGCUUCUCCGUGGUAAGCAUCUUCUGCGGGAAGGCGAGGCCGAAAUUGCAGAGGCCAUGAAAGUCCGCAAAGACGGUCUUCGUGCAUAUAUGGAAAUCGACGAGCCUUCGGUGAGAGCCAGUGGAGACGUCAAUCAACCAGGUGAAUAA